AUGGGGAUCUCCGUCGAUGCGAACCCACCGGUUGCGAUCACGCUGAGGGCCAUAGAGGCAACUCCGGCGACCUUCGAAGAGUACGGACAGGUGAUCGAGGCUUCGUCGGGCGCCGAAGAGUUCGGGCCUCACGAUGCCCAGCUAGACGUCGCCCGAGGAAUCCCGAGGUUCUACAUCAUGCAUCUCGAGGGCCGGUCACGUCAGUUUUUUGCGAUCACACACCAUGCAAGUGUGACUCAGUGCCUUGGUUCAAUUGGCGGCCAUGUUUGGUAUCUUGGAGUUGCCAAGUCAUCCAUGUUGGAUUCAAAUGAAAUUGAAGGUGAUGAGCAUGGGAAGAAUGUUGUGCGCUCACAUUGUGGCCAUUUCUAUGUGCCUCCUGCUGUUAGCGAUGUCUGUGCUUUCAGAAUUUCAGGUCCUAAGUUUUUGAAGCUUAAUCGUGGGACAUGGCAUGCUGGACCUCUGUUCACAGCUGAUGCUAUGGACUUCUACAACUUAGAACUAAGCAACACAAAUGAAAGAUAAGGAAUUCAAAUGCAAAACCAGAAGAUACCUUUUCUCAUGCCAAGCUCCAUAGUUGAUGUAAAUGGUUAAACAUGGCCAGUUGGUUAACCUAAUCUUGGAUGACCUUUCUUCACCCAUUGGGAACACCCGUCCUUUAAUUUUCAAUAUUCAGGUGAAAGAGCUGGUUUAUAACUUUCCUAUACGUAUGAUUUUGUGGUCGCAUCUUGUUUUCUAGCCUGACAAUUUCAGGCUUUCCAGUACUUGAGUGAUGUAGUUGUUGGAAUUAAUUAAGGAGCUUUUGCAGUUGAGGGCAAAAUAACAGGCAGGCUUCUUGUUUUAUUUUGAGGAUCAGGCUACGCCAUAUUUUGUUGACAAGAAGAUGUCGAUGAGAUUGUGCAGUCCAGGUUCUUAUAAAUUCCAGAAUCCUUGUUAGCUUGCUAAUGAAUUAUGGGUUAUAUUUGGGAUUUUUUACCAAGUAUUGUAGUUUUAAUGGAGAGAUUACUAAUUUAUUGUAUUUGUGGAAAUAUUAUAGCAUUCUCGAGCUAAAUAAAAUUUAGUAAAUUCAAGUUCAUUGAUGAAGUUCAAUUCACUAGAUUCAAUUUCACACGACGGGGCUACCACAUUCUAGUAAAUACUUUCGGUACUACAGUUGAUGGGAUUUUAUCGAUUAACUCUGCAAUAUUUUGGUGAAAGUACUCAUUAUAUUCGUUAUUGACUAUAUUUUGCUUUAAUGCAUAUAUAUUUGGAUAUGUACAUGAAUAUAGAUAUUGACAGUAGCCCGAGCUAUUACGUUUUACCUGUGCCGUUAUUGCUUCCAGUACAACAAAGUUGCUCAUUCUCCUCCCAAUAUGAACCGGCCAUUUAGAUUUUCUUGCUAGACCAACACAAAUAUAAUCAAGUCGUCGCUGGUCUGUUCUUGUGCACGGGUAAGGGUGUAUGUUUUAAAAGUGGGGGUUGAAGGUUACAUUCAUCCAAGUGCCUCCUUUGCUCUGUUUUGUUAUAAGCAUUUUUCCUCGUCAACCACUCUAGGGCCAUUGUUGCAAUCUUGUCCAUUAAUAUUAGUAAAUUUGGAUUUGGUUUCUGUGUGCAGGUGGUGGAUCACACUACGCAUAACUUCAAGAAGGAAAAUGGGGUGAUGUUUUUUAUUGAAGAUGAAUAGUUUGUACGACUCUCAUCUUCUGUGCUUUAUUUGACGAGCCAUGUAAAAUAAUUCUCCUUUCGUUUAUGAGAAGGAUGCGAACUGCAGUCUUGUACAAAUGAUGAAAGCGGUUUGCUCGAUCGUAACUGAUUUUAUCAGAUGGUGACAAACAUUUAUUUAUUCGUGUUGGAGCUUUUAAUAUCUAUUUGUUGGUUUUUCAA